UUACUAGUAACUAAAGUUACUAUAGUUAUUAUAGUUACUAUAGUUACUGUAGUUACUGUAGUUACUCUAGUUACUGUAGUUACUCUGCAGAUUAACACAUUCAUAUAAAAUGUAACAAACAGGUAAAUCAUGAAGUUUUAACAGGUUCGGUCAUUUAGUCCACUGGUUCCCAACCUAAGGGUCUGGCCCCUCUCAGUGGACCCCAGAUGAAGCUGAUGAUUCACUGGGAAAGAAAAAAAACUGAAUAUUAGUUUUAAUCUCUAAUCUGUAAUGAUUUAAAUGAAACAGAUAAACAGAUGGUUUCACCUGUGAAUUGACCUGUAACUGCUGCCAGAUACAUGUAGUGGAGUAAAAGUACAGGAUCUGAAACUUUAAGUACUUUAAAAUGUGAAGUAUAAGUACCUCAAACUGUGUAAAAUACUGCAGUAAAUGUACUCAGCAGUGUGUUAACGUUAACAUUUUAAAACUCCUUCACUCUAACACAAAGCUCUGUCUUUUCUCACAUUAACGACACUUAUCGAGUUUAAUUGCUGUAAAAUUAAAGUAAUUAGUUCCAGACAGAAACCUAAGCCGGUCCCCUGGUGAGUCCCCGGGCCUCAGUUUGAGAACCCGCAGCGCAGCGGCCACAGUUGACUUGAGAGUGAUUAAAAAUGAAGCGCUAUAGAAACCGGCAGACCAAUGGAGGAGCGGGAAGCUGUUUACAAGGGGGUGUAGCGUUUCUAUGGUUGCUGGACAAACCUCCUGCUCCAGGUAUUAAACUGCUCCGCCUGGAUCCUGCAGCCGCUGACAGCCGUUACACAGACCUCACCCCGGGACGAGCAGCGCCAAACGCACCGCGCACUGGAAUUCCUCCCGUUUCUGAGACGGUCUGAGCUGAGAGCAGGUGCAGCGAGGACAGAAGAAGACCAGAGCUGCUCCUCCGGGAUUUAACAGAUCUCUGAUCAGCUGACUGAAGGAGGAGGAGGAGGAGGAGAAGGAGCAGAGAGGAGCUGGACAGAGCCAUGCUGUCUCUGAGCUGCGCCGACCCCUGGCCCGAAGGCUCGGUGGGGCUGGAGGAGGAGGUGGUGACGGCCGCUGCCCAGGCGGAGGAGCGGGACACCAGCACCACCAGCACCGUCAGCAGCUGCUGCAGCUCCGUCAGCCUGGACGACAGCCUGACCAGCCUGCAGUGGCUGCAGGAGUUCUCCAUCCUCGGCGGCAACGUGCCGCAGCAGGCCCACCACCAGCCGCACCUGUUCGGACAGCAGCCGCUGGGAUCCGACGCCCCGGCCUCUCCUCUGGCCGGGGACCCCGCCUCCAUCGGCAUGCCCCUGACCCCCGGGAAGCCCACGGCGGCGGCCUACAGCAGGAUGCAGUCCCUGCCCGGGAUCGUGGCUCACGGUCACUGUCCGGAUGAGGUGGACUACAAGACGAACGCGCACAUCAAGCCGCCGUACUCGUACGCCACCCUGAUCUGCAUGGCCAUGCAGGCCAGCAAGAAGAGCAAGAUCACCCUGUCCUGCAUCUACAAGUGGAUCACUGACAACUUCUGCUACUACCGCCAUGCUGACCCCACCUGGCAGAACUCCAUCCGACACAAUCUGUCGCUCAACAAGUGCUUCAUCAAGGUGCCGCGGCAGAAAGACGAGCCGGGGAAGGGAGGUUUCUGGAAGAUCGACCCGCAGUAUGCCGAGCGCCUCCUGAGCGGCGCCUACAAGAAGAGACGAAUGCCUCCGGUCCAGAUCAACCCGGCCCUGCAGAGCAGGCUCAGGGUGAACCUCCAGCCCCAGUCCAGAGGCCUCUGCAGCCCCACAGGAGGGGGUCAGAUCGGCCUGUGCAUCAACCCAGAGUCCCAGCGGCUCCUCCGGGAGUUUGAAGAGGCGACCGGGGGGGACCAGAACUGGGACCCCCACCUGGCUGAGGGGACCAUGCUGGGGUCCUGGCCAGUCGUCAGGGGAAGAUCCGGGAUCAAGAGGAAACAGUCGCUGGGCUCCAGAAACAAAGCCCCCCGGCGCUCCAGCUCCCCGCUGCUCUCCGUGGACGAACAGAAGGAGAUCGGACCUCUGAAGGGGGACUUUGACUGGGACGCCCUGCUGGACUCGGCCCUCAGCGGGGAGCUCAGUCUGGACGGAGGAGAACCCCUGAGUCCCAUCAUGAAAGAGGAGGACCUGACUGUGCGGGGGACCCACAUCUCCCCCAUCGAAGCUCCCGCGGGAACGUCGGACAUCCACGUGCUGGUGGAGACCCAGAGGAGUAAUGACGUGUCAGACUUUGACGAGGAGACCUUCCUCGCCACGGCCUUCCUGGAGAGCCCCUGGCCUGAAGAGGAGGAACAAGGCCGCAACGACUUCCUCUGUAGCUCCACCGUCAACCUGGACCAGCUGUUUGACCUCGGAGACUCGUUAGGUGGAGACCCCAGCGCCCGGAUUGACAGCCUCCUUUGAGGAGAAGCUGCUCCUCUCUCACACUAAAAACCUUUUCAACGCUACUGGGGAAUAAGACUCUUUUUUUUUUUACUCUGAAGCCGCCCUCGUUUUCCUUUUCACGUUGUUUAAAGUAUUUUUAGAUUUACGUUUUGAUGCUGAUUCGUGCAGGAGCUACACUCCCGACGCCUUCUGAACAAAGAUGCCACAAUGUACAGCAGCAGUGCUCAUCAUCACUGGGAAAACAAAACUACUGAAUCACACGACAACUCCAGAAACAAAAACAAGGUCUCAGAGCUAAGGCCUGGUCACACCAGAGAGCGACAUGGUGAAAUUAAUUAGCAUCUUUCCCUGUUCAGCAUUUUACUCUCAGGACUCUACAUCAUUUCAUUCAAUAACGCGAGAAGGGAAAUGAAGCUCAUGCUAACUGUCAACCAGCAACAUGCAUGUAUUAAGAAAACUGGAUACAACGCUGCCAGUUCAUCCCAGUGGCCAACUGCGGUACUACAAUAAAAUAAUCUUCUCUGGUGCAAAUAGCAUUUCCCCACAGACACAUUAUAACAUAGAAACAUUCCUAGAGCCUAGAAAAUCAGACUGUUGGUAGAACGGCUGCAGAUGCUCCACUGCUGACAGUUACAUCCAAAUAAAAUUCAGUUCAAUAAUAAUACGAUCCAUUCAGCUCAUUCUAUAGGAGCUGUUUAUGUCCAGUUUUAUUUGGUUAACUCAUACAAACACAUAACACAACACAAGAAGCUAAUUUCAGCUGCUCAUCUGGUGUGACUGUAAGAACUAACCUCCUUGGAAUAAUGUGAGAACACCACUGAGAAUAACAGGAAUGCAGCACAGCAGCAUCCUCCAUCUUGGACUCUUUCUGCUCUACUAAAUAUCUGAUGAUUUCACCACAAAGUUUUGCCAUUUGAAAUGGUGUGAACAGGCCUUUUAGAAGACACAACGUGGUCUCUGUUUACAUCGGUAAAAAAGUGUGUGUUCGCCUUGUUGCUGUCGACCACAUCAGGCUCAACUCACGGGGGUAAAGAAGAAAAAGAGGACAUGAUCUGAUCCACAGGUCUUUUCUUUUUAAGAGGAAGGUUUGAGUGAGUGGUAUCAGCUGGUGUUUCAGGCUUUUACUGACACAGAUGCAUUUAAAAACACAAUUGUUGCUGAGAAUUGUUUUAAAAAGACUGUAGAGACUGUGACAGCAGCACUAUGAUGACGAAUAAUGAGAUAUUUGCCAAAUGAUGUUUGGUGUAGGAGUGAUUUACUGUAUUAGCUUUUAGCUUUUUUUUUUUGCGUGGGGUUUUUGGUACUAACUAUUCUCUGUAUGCAUUGUUUAAAAAUAAUUAGGACCAGUUUACCUAGAUUAAUAAUAAUUAUGCAGGAUAUAUCACUUCUUUUCAAGGGGAAUGAAACAAAAAAUUCAGUUUUGUUUCAUAUCAGAAAUAUUUCUUGUAGAAAGUACUUAGCAAACACUUUCUUUGAUCCUGUGUCUUUCUAGCAAAACAGUAGACGUAAAGCAAAGUAGAGGACACACCUGAGCUUCAUGUCUUAACAGUUAAAACGGACAUGAAACAGCUUGAGGCGAAAUUCUCCAACAAAGAACUAAUAAGACCUUAAAAUGCUCACUUGAGAAAGGCCGCGGCUCCUUGUAAAUGAAUACCUGACCUUCUAUGUGCCAAGAACAACACAUGGGACCUGACAGGGUGGCAGUGUUAACAGGCAGUGUUUGUUAUUACGAGGAGGAAAUGUCUGUUUUGUUUUUAAUGGGUGUAUGUGAGGAGACUGAGAGUGAUCGGCAGAAGACCUGAUCCAGCUUGGAUAUAUGUUGUUGGAUACGGACUAACUAAACCAAAUCACUCCACCUGAAAACACGUAGCGCUGUUAACUUUAUAGAUAACAGUACUUGCUCCCGUUUUCCUCUGAAAUGUGUGAAAGUGCAAUCAAUGUACAGUUAUACUUGUUAUAUUUUACAUUCAGCUGUAGGAGUGUAUUCAUGCAGUUUACUUUAGAUAAACCAGUUUCACUGUUUUGUGUUUUACGAGGUGAGAAUACCUUCUGACAGAAGGAGGCAACCAUGAAGCGUUUGUGUAUUAGCUCUUCAAAUCAAAUAACAUUUAUAAACCACAAUAAUGGCGUCUUACCUCAUGAUUGGUUCUGUAAAGUCAGAGACACUGUAUGCAUUCUUUACUGUUUUUAUUUUAUUUUCCACUUUUCUUUGACAAUAAAAAAGUAAGUUUUACUGCA